AUGACUUAUCAUAAAUACGUUGUUACCGCACAGAAACCAACAGCGACUCAAUUUGCAGUCAAAGGCUCGUUUAUUUCACCUUUUGAAAUCAAUCUUAUCUUAGGUAAAGGAACGCGUAUUGAAGUUUAUACUUUGACACCAGACGGCUUAAAGUCAACAAUUGAAUUUGGCCAAAUCGUGACAGAAGCAUCAGGUGAAAUAGGAUUUCCUGGUCAACCACGCAAAGAAUCAUUGGAUACCAUGUUAGUGAUAGAUCCCUCUUGCAGUUAUUUUGCUACUUCACUUUAUGAAUCUACAGUGACAAUUGUGAUACCAGACGCCUCUCAUCAACAAAACACAGCUCCUAUUCGUAAAAUGACCACAAGAGCCAAAGAAGGCAAACGACGUCAAACACAAGAUUAUGUAGUCCAACAUCCUUCAGAUUAUAUCAACUUGAGUUUAUCUGAUAAACAGAUUGUAUCAUUGGCAUUUUUACAAGACAAGACAACUGAACCUACACUGUUGAUAUUAUAUGAUGAUCCAUUAGGACGCCGUUAUCUUCAACAGUUUACAGUCGACAUCAAGGAUAGACAAUUGUUACCAGGAGAUAUUUUGAUGGAUCAUUUUGAACCUGAUGCGAAUCUGUUGAUUUCAAUGCCUGCUACUGUAGGUGGUGUCGUUUUAAUUGCUGGGAAAUUCAUACGAUACCUCAAACCAAAUCAACCUCCUAUCGCCAUUGGCAUUCGAUCUUGUACUAUCAAUAGUUACACUGUCAUGAACCAAGAAGGAUCUCGUAUCUUAUUAGGUGAUGCAGAAGGCGCUUUACAUUUGCUAAAUAUGACUAUCUUCAGCAACCGUGUGGACGCUUUAUCAUUUCUUCGAUUAGGCAUGAUUUCAGUUCCUUCCUGCUUAUCUUAUUUAGGCAACGAUGUUGUCUUUGUAGGCUCCACAGUAGCUGAUUCCCAAAUCAUUCAUAUUCGACACACAGACGGCGAAGUUCUAGAUGUGAUUGAUGAAUUCCCUAAUUUGGGACCUAUCACUGAUUUCUGUGUAGCUGAUCUCGACAAACAAGGACAGACACAAUUGAUUACAUGUUCUGGUGUAGGCAAAGAUAGUUCCUUGAGAAUCAUCCGUAAUGGUGUUGGAUUAAACGAAUUAGCAGCUAUCAAAAUCAAUGGUGUCAAAGGUGUAUGGGCAUUACGUCCUUCUUUUGAUGAAAUAUACGAUGAUAUGCUUGUCCUUUCCUUUGUCAAUCAGACAUGUCUGUUGGCCUUAAGAGGCAAUGGCAUGACUCGUUUGGCAUCUCAUUCAGCCAUUGAUACUCAGGCUAGGACAUUAGUGGCUAGCAAUGUCAUGGAUGAUUUAUUAGUUCAAGUGACAGACAAGAGUAUUCGAUUGAUGGAAUCUAAGCCUGAUGGAGUCUUGCUAGACGAAUGGGUGCCUAAGGAUCAUGCACAGAUCACAGUAGCCAGUAUUAACCCUACUCAAUGUGUUGUUUCUACUGGUUAUGGUACACUCUAUGCUUUCCAAAUCAAACACCGUACAUUAGAAUUUAUAGCCACAACACAACUUGAAAACGAAAUUGCUUGUAUCGACAUUAGUCCUAUUGAUGCCAGUCAUCCUCAUGAAUCAAGUGUUGUAGCUGUGGGUACAUGGAGCCAUGUAGGCGUAUGUAUUUUGUCUUUACCUUCACUUCAAUUCAUUACGCAAGAAAAACUAGCAGGCACAGUCAUGCCCCGAUCCUUAUUGAUGGCCACAUUUGAAAAUAUUUGUUAUUUACUAGUUGCCUUGGGCGAUGGACAAUUUUAUAAUUUUAAGCUCGAUGUACGUCAAGGAAAAUUGUCAGAUAAGAAACGGUCCUUCUUGGGUAAAUUACCUAUUCAUUUAGCCAGAUUUACGUCCAACGGUACCACACACGUCUUUGCUGCUUCGGAUAAGCCUAGUGUGAUUCAUAGUCGAAACAAAAAACUGAUUUAUUCCAAUGUAAAUUUAAGACAAAUACGCUACGUGUCUUCAUUCAACAGUCUUUUGUUUCCCGAUGCUGUUGCAUUAACAACACAAGAAGGGCUUGUCAUUGGACAGAUGGAGGAAAUUCAGAAAUUACAUAUUACAAAAAUCCCAACCAGAGAUACGCCUCGAAGAAUUACCUAUCAAGAAACAUCCAAGACAUUUGGUUUGAUUACAGAAAGAAUCACUUCUGAGCCAUAUAAGCCUACAACUACGACAGGUGGAUUUGAAAUUCUUGAAGACCAGUCGUUUGCAGUGCUUGAUCGUGUUUAUUUCCAACAGUUUGAAAGACCACUGUCAGCUACUUCGAUCACAUUUGAAAAUGAUCACCAUGAAUACUACAUUUUAGCCACUGGAAAAGAAACAGAUGAAUACGAGAACAGUUCCAUUGGCAGAAUUUGUGUCUUUCAAGUGACACCUGAACGUAAAUUGAAACUUGUAAAUCAAAUCAAGACAGAUGGCAUGGUUGACUCUGUUCGUUCUUUUAAUGGCCGAUUGAUUGCUAGCAUUCGUGGCAUGCUUCAUGUCUUCAAAUGGGAAUAUGCGUAUGGCAAAGGUGCAUUGAUUUCAAGCUGUUCCAAAAGACUACCUUCCAUCACAGAAUCUAUCACGACGUACAAUGACUUGAUUAUGACAGGUGAUAUGGCUUAUUCAGUUGUGGUCCUGAGUUAUGAUCCCAAGACAGAAACUCUAACUGAAGUAGCAGCCCAUGAAAAACUCAAGGAAAUCGUGGCUAUUGAAGCAUCUGAUGAAAACCUAUAUGUAGCUGCUGAAAGAGAAGGCCAUUUGUUUGUCGUUGAGCGAUGCCAAGAUGAAAGUGAUGAACCCAUUUUGGAAACAGUCAGUGUAUGGCACUUGGGUGAUUCUGUCAAGCGAUUUCGAUUUGGGUCUUUGGGUAUGAAUGCAUCUGAUCCUGAUCGAAACCCUGAAGCAUCUACAUUGAUUUUUGCUACGACUAACGGUUCUAUCGGCUUAAUAGCAGAUCUGUCUGCUGAAAGGUUUAAGUUGUUGGAUCAAAUGCAAUACAACAUGAGCCGCAUUGUCAAGAGUAUCGGUGACCUUAGCCAUAUAGACUGGAGAAGUGUGUCUAUUAUGGAUAGAAAAGACGACGCUGUGAACUUCAUUGAUGGUGAUUUGAUUGAAAGCUUUUUAGAUUUGACGCCACAACAAAUGCAAGGUGUUGUAGAUGGUGUAGCAGGAGGAAGAAAGUUGGACAAAUCAGUUGAAGAUCUAUGUAAAGUAGUAGAGGAACUGAUGAGUACACAUCCAUAA